AUGGCAUCUUGGUCAUCAUGGCUCCUUGGACGAGGUUCUAGUGCUGGAAAUCAACGUGAUAAGGCUCGAGAAACGAUUGUCGAAUUAAGACAACAUUUGAUUAUGUUAGAAAAGAAAGAAGAUCAUUUGAAUAAGAAAAUUGAAGACGAAUUACGAAAGGCAAAAGCAAAUGCGACAUCAAAUAAACGGGCUGCAACUGCUGCACUACGUCAAAAGAAGCUAUAUGAGCAAGAACUUGACCGACUCGCUGGAAGACGCAUGACUUUGGAAACUCAAGUGAAUGCUAUUGAAUCUGCGAAUAUGAAUUUGGAAACUAUGCAAGCUAUGCGUCGUGGUGCAGAUGUACUCAAGGGUAUUCACGGAAACUUGAACAUCGAUAAAGUUGAUGCUACUAUGGACUCAAUUCGAGAACAAAUGGACCUUACCAAUGAAAUUUCCGAUGCAAUUUCAAACCCCGUAGGAAUGGGUCAAGAGCUUGACGAAGACGAGAUCAAAGCCGAGUUGGAAGAACUAGAACAAGAUGAAUUGAAAGAUCGACUUGUAGGAGCCGAUAGUGUACCAAUUCAUUCUCCAAGUCAUACCGAACGAGCCGUUCGUAAAACAGCAGCUCAACGACAACAAGAGGAUGACGAAGAUGCAGAACUUAAAGAACUUCAAGCUGCACUUGCGAUGUGA